GGCUAGCCGGCGCGCACGCAACUUUCAAAUUUCAACAACAACAAAGUCCGAUCAAUCACUCGGAUCAAUUCGUAAUUGAGUUUCGAUCGUCUCAGGGAGCAGAAAAAUUGUGAAACUUGUGUGGAAUUUUUUUGACGUUAUUGAAGUGUCAAUCGAGACAAGGAAUGGCCCUAAAAGGAGUCAAUGGACGCUGGGCUUCCGUCAGGAGGUUCAGCUCAUUUCCUGAAAUUCCAAGCUGCAGCUUUACCGCAUCGAAAUAUGAAGGUCCAAAUUACGAUAGUGUCAAGUCUUGUAGGAUGACUUCGGUGACCCCAACCACUCCUCCAUUCUACAAAAAACCACUCCUGAUUCACGAAGGUCAUAUGCAGUGGCUCUGGGAUCACACGGGGAGACGAUAUCUGGAUAUGUUUGGGGGAAUUGUCACGGUUUCCGUUGGACAUUCUCAUCCGAAAGUGACGGAGGCAGCGCGGAACCAAUUGAGCAAAUUAAGCCACACGACGUCGAUAUAUAUGCACCCGAAGUACCACGAGUACGCUGAAAAAUUGACGGCGAAAAUGCCGGGCAACUUGAAAGUACUGUACAUGACUAACAGUGGCUCUGAAUCCAAUGAACUUGCUUUUCAAAUGGCCAAGUUGUACACUGGAUCGCAAGACAUUAUUUCAAUGAAAAAUUCUUAUCACGGUGGCACUUACACGACGAGCUCCGCCACUGGGAUGUCAACCUGGAGGUACCCCAUCGCCUCAGCCCCUGGUCACAUCCAGGUCACCAAUCCAGACGUGUAUAAAGGCCCCUGGGGUGGCCCCCAAUGCCGGGACAGUCCAAUAUCCCAGCAUGGGAGGACGUGCGAGUGCAUUGGGAAUAAGUGCAUUGCUGCGGAGAAGUAUCUAGAGGACCUCAAAGACACUAUUCAAUUCUCUUUGCCGAAUAAUGGAAAGUUCGCCGCGUUCGUUGCUGAGAGUAUUCAAGGAGUCGGUGGUGCAGUUCAAUACCCCCGCACGUACCUCCACGGCGCAUAUGACAUAAUAAAAUCGAAAAACGCUCUGUUCAUAGCCGACGAAGUGCAAACAGGCUUUGGUAGAACGGGCGAUCACUUCUGGGGAUUCCAGGGCCACGAUAUCAUCCCCGACAUCGUGACGAUGGCGAAGGGUAUUGGAAAUGGGUUUCCCAUGGGUGCAGUUAUCACAACUCCAGAGAUCGCAGAUUGUUUGAAUCAGGCACUUCACUUUAAUACAUUCGGGGGGAACCCAGUGGCCUGCGCCGUUGGUUCAGCGGUUCUCGAUAUAAUUGAAGAAGAAAAACUUCAAGAAAAUUGCAAGGAAGUUGGCACCUACUUAUUGCAUCGUUUAAGCACUCUUCUGCUUGAAUAUCCAACGAUGGUGGGAGACGUCCGAGGAAAGGGUCUGAUGAUCGGUGUAGAAUUAGUCUCGGACCCUGACAAAAAGACUCCCCUGGAGGCUGAACACAUAGCGACAAUGUUCGAGGACAUCAAGGACAUGGGUCUGCUCAUUGGAAAAGGCGGAAUCCAUGGAAACGUCCUGCGAAUAAAGCCCCCCAUGUGUGUGACCAAGGAAGACGCAGAUUUCACUGUUGAAGUGAUUAAAAAGGCUCUCGAGAGCUGCAGGGACAGGAAUUUAAUUAGCAAGGAGAAUGUGUACUUCGGGGCUGUUUAAAACUCAAGCUGUGAUUGAUUUGACAUUUUUUUUAUUUCCAUAGUAAUAUAUUUUUUACAUUUGUACAAAUCACGGGCAUACUGUCAGCAAUUGAAAAUUUUCUGUGAUUAAAUGAAAUAAAAGGAUGAGCAGAAAUUCAUCGAAAUCAUCUUUCCAUUUUAGUUAAUUACAGAUUUUAUUACUGGGAUACUUUUGCAUUAAAUUUUACAAUUUUUUAUACCAAUUUCGAAAUGAGAAUGUAGGUAUAUUUUUGAGUAAUUUAAUUGUAAGUUUACAAAAUAAAUCUUAAUGUAUGAAAAUGCCUUGAGUGUUACGUCAAGAGUAUUAGGGAUUAUUUCUCCCUGACGUAUCUCAUCUAUUUAUCUCUCGACAAUAACGUUAUAUACAUAUCACUGUAAUCCAAGAGUCAUAAUAUGCGCU